AUGCAACAGAAUAUAUGUUUGAAAGCGAUCAAAUUAACGCGUUAUACUGGUAUUAGUCCAUUGAGCCUCACGCGGCAAUUCAACACUAGUGCUAUACUCCGUCAUGAUCCAUUUACAGUGCACGUUAAGAAUACUAAUCGGUUUAGACAACUGCUAGAAGAUCAAGGUGAAUUAACUCCUAAGCAAGCAAAUGCAGUUGUGAAUAUAAUCACAGAAGCUAUAAAAGGUGGUGUUGCCCACGUUUCGCAGGAUUUAGCUUCUCGUGAGAAGUUGACCAAGCUGACUUAUCAGCAGCGAGUGGACUUUGCAAAACUAAAGGAUCAAUUGCUAACUGCGGACCGUAGUGAGAUCCAUGCAAUACAAAGUGAAGUUGAACGUAAUAGAAAUGAUAUCGAGCAACUGAGAAAUAAACUCCGUGAAGAGAUUACUAAGGCUAAUGCUGGAUUCAAGCUUGACAUAUCACUCGAAAAGGGUAGAAUUAAGGAGGAAUCGAGCAAGCACGAUCUAAAAAUUAAGGAGAUUCAAACUGGUAUUGAGCAGCAAGUUAGCAACAUGCAGACGCAGAUUGAUUCCGUUAAGACACAGGUGAUGCAAUGGCUCAUAGGUGUUUGUACUGGUACUUUUGCAUUGGUGUUGACGUAUGUCAGGUUGCUAAGCUAA